AUGGAUCCGUGGAAAAUUGUCGGUCGUGUUCUAUUUUUGCCUCUUCGUGUUGUAGUUUUCCAAUUACGGGAACUGAAAAUGGGACAGGAUAAGUUUUUGUUGGUCACGGAUUUGAUAGCCGUAUCUGUAAGUGCAGUUUGUGAUGCUGUUAAGGGGUUGAAGGAAGGAGUUGAAAAUUUUGAUCCCCUUGUCAUUAUUCAAGCUUCGUCCCAAAAUGCCCGCAAACUCCCACCAUCAACCAUCAAGCAUCACAUGGACAAUAACCAUCUUGAUCAUGAAGCCGUAGUGGUUCAUCCCCACCAGCGCCUCGUGGGAACAUUCACCCCUAAGUGGGUCUUUGAAGCUCUGCCGGUUCUCACAAAGUACAACAGUCACAUACUUUAUGGGGGAACAAUUUUGGUUAAUCAGUGUUUCAAAAGAGAUUCUGAGAAAGUACAUCCCAUUGGGCUGGUGCCUGUCCAAGCCCCAUAG